AUGAGAGGAAAGGCUUACGACGGGGUUUGUUACGUAGCCAUUCCUGGGCCAACAGAAAGGCCAACCUCUGGUCACGGGACUGAGGAGGGAAAGGGGAUGGUGACGGUGACGAGGACGAGGACGAGGGGAGGGACGAGGAUGGUGAGAGCAAGGUCCAAGGCUUGUCGCGUCGUUGCAGCUCGAGCUCGAGACGAACAAUCUCUCUCUGCUUGGCUUGGAGCUGUUCCCACGUCGGCCGGGGGGUGGGAGGAGGAGGAGGGGGAGGUGGCGGCGGAGGUGGUGGAGGUGGCGGAGGGGACCGAGGUGAGGAGAGGUGUCGCACCCGCGUAUGUAAAUGCCACGUCAGGACAACUUUUACCAGGCACUGCGGAGAAAAGUUUCUACGGAACUAAAUUGACCUUAUCGCCGAUACGUCCAUCCUGGCUCAGCCUUCUUGGGUGCUUGUACUCAAAGGUCCCUCGGGUGGAUGACCUGGCCAGAGAGGCUAUGAGAGAACAUAGUCAAGCGUUCACACCCAACACGGCGUCCAUGACCACCAUCGGUACUCCCGCAGCCACAGAUCUCAUGCUCGCUCUUAGAUCGAAUGACGACCCCGUCCUGCUCUCCUCUCAUCUCUUACCUCUCGUCUCGAACAGAUCCAAACGCCCUCGAACAGCUCUGACAGGUGAUGAGGACCAGGACGAGGACCUGAACCGGUUCGACGUGUCAUUUCAAGAUCACACCCCUCCUCAUCAAGGUAGAAACAACACCGACUCUUCUUGCGAGCAUCUUCAUGUUCCACAAGGACCAAGCUUCGAACUCGAUCAUUCAUCUUUCACCUUUGCCACGGAUUUCUUCCGAGAAAACACAAAUGAUCAUGAUAAUCCUCUUGGAUCUAUUCUCGACGUUCAAACCCAGGUUGAUGAGUCGUUACUCGCUCCCCCUGAUGAUCAUCAUAAUGUCUACAACCUCCUUGGAUCUAUGCUCGACUUUCAACCCCGAGUGGAAGAUGUACACCGGAACGAGAUCGGUGCCGACGCCCCUGGUGUCAUCUACCAUGACUCACCCGACCUCACAGAUCCGCUCACGCAGACGCCGACUUCCUCUCUGACUGAAAUCUCUGAGAGCCCGAAUGGAACCGAAAGAUCAUCAGCAUCCGUCGUAUCUAACCCUGACACUGAGACCGUGACCGUGACGAAAAGGAGACCUGGAAGAAGACAAUUACCUGAACCAGAGCAGAGAAGAAGGCAGAUAGUGGAUCGGAUCAGACGUGCAAAGGACAAGGCGUACAGGCAACGGUUGGAAUCAAAAGAAAGGAACCAACCACCUGAUCAAGAUAGACUAUCAAGCAAAUCCGUCAAAUCGUCCAUCGAUCCGGAAAAAGAGACGAGAGGAUUGAAGAAUGUCGAAAUGUUUUGGAUCGGUGGGACCAUCCGUCCGAUGCCCAAGAUGAUUCUCGUUAACACUUGGGCCAUCGUAGUUUGCUUUGGGAUCCGAUCCGUCGAUCUUUUCAAUGACAGAUUCCAUGCAUAA